GUUGCCAUGGAGACCGCGGCCUAGCGGGGCCCGCCAUGUCCUUUAAGCGCGACGAGAGCGACCCGGGGCCGCUCGGGGCGCUGCAGAGGCGCCGCGUGGCCGAGCUGCUGGCCAGCGCCAUCCCCGAGGACGAGGCGCUGCUGCUGCGCGAUGGCAGGCUGGCGUGCUCGCUGUGUCCCCAGCGGCCCGUGUGUGACACCCUGCAGAUGCUGCUGCUGCACCGCGCGGGCAGGAAGCACCUGGACAACCUGCUCCGUUCCUUCGGGCGGCCGCGCUGUCCCCAGGUGACCCCGGAGGGACCCCAGGUGACCCCGCAGGAGGCCCCAGGUGUGCAGGCCCCGCUGCUGGCCCGGACGCGCCGCCUGGCCCGGAGCGCUCUGCUGACAACGGCCCCAUAUAACAGCUGCUGCAGGAGGGACAGGACCAAGGGCAGCAGCGCCCGGGCCGGGAUCCCCGGGAUGAGCCCAAAGAAUUCCCGGACGCCGCCGGAGCCGUCACAGAACCCCGGGAACCCCGGGAGUGCCGAAAGCCCCGCGCACGGAGAGGGCGCCGCCAGGGACGGCAGGCGGGGAAGGAAAGGGAAUUCCCAAAGUCCCAAAGAGGGGCCGAGCCCCGAGCGGCUGCGGAUCCUGCGGCACCACCUGCACCUGCGCAGCCGGGGCUGGCUCCAGGAUCCCGCUGGGAACUGGGUCAAGGACGGCAACGCCGAGUUUGACUCCGACGAGGAGGAGCCGCCACCGCUGCCGCCAGCCUGACGCCCCCAGGUGUCCCCAGGUGUCCCCAGGUGUCCCCAGGUGUCCCCAGGUGUCCCCAGAGCCCCGGGAAUAAAGCAGGAA